AUGAAAGAACCCAGUCUUCAUGCCGUUCAGUCCGUCGGAGAAGGUCAGAUUGAAGAUGAGGUCGAGAAAUCUGGCAAUCUUCAUCGGACUCUGACACCUCGCUUAAUUCAUUUAAAUGUCAUUUCACCCGGUUCGAAUGUUGGCAGUGGACUCUUCAUUGCUACAGGUAAGGCCCUGGCACAAGGAGGUCCGGGGAGUAUGUUCAUUGGCUAUCUUGUUGUUUGUAUUGGCGUGUGGGCCAAUCUUCAAACUCUGACGGAAAUGACCAUCGCAUUCCCUACAUCUGGCAAUUAUAUCGACUACGCCGAUCGAUGGACGUCUGUUUUCGCUUCCGAGGCGACAUUCUUUGUCGUCCUUGUGGACUUUUGGGCUGAAGGGGCGAUACCAGAGGCUGCUCUACUGACAAUCUUUCUGGUUAUAUGUCUUGCCGUUUUUCUGGUGCCAAACAAAUAUUUCGGAUGGGUGGAAUACUUCGGAUCAGUUGUCAAAGUGUUCCUUUUUAUCUUUAUCACACUUAUCUCACUUGCAAUUAUCGGCGGUGUCGGUCUGUCGGGCUCUGUUAGAAAUGGAAGCACUUGGACUGACUUGCCAGUAUUCAAAAACAGCUUUGGAGGCUUUGCCAAUGCUUCUCUUCUGGCAAUUUGGGCAACUGGAGACGAAGUCUUUAUCGGCGUAAUGGGCGGCGAAGCCAAGUCCCCUCGAUACUCUAUAGCCCACUUAGCAAACUUAGUCCCCUGGCGAGUGGGAGUAUUCUAUCUUGUCUCGGUAGUACUCGUCUCCCUGAUCGUGCUAUUAGAUGAUUCUAGUUUACUAGGAGCUUCGAGUUCUGCCACCUCACUAUUCGUUAUUGCGGUCCAAAAUGCCGGAAUUAAGGGUGUUCCUGACUUGAUCAACGUAUGCAUGAUUAUUAGAAUUAUAGCAAUUGCCCUUGAGAGUAUCUUCUUUCCUUCUUGUGUCCUUCGCGCUAUGGCACUUCAAAAGCUUAUCCCCUCUUGCUUGGCCAAGACGGAUGAAAAGGGACGACCGAGAUAG